AUGCACCCAGCAACGACUGAAGCGCGAGCGCGCCGAGCAGGAGAAAUUCGCCCAGCUGCAAACCCAGUCUCCAGCAGGCCGCAACGCAGCCCUUAUAUUCGGUACACCCUUGUGUUCUUCUCCACGGGCGCCUACUACCUGGGAUCUCUCAAGCCCGCCGCCCUCCCCUCAUCCUCGACAACACCACUUUCCGAAGUCGAUGCACCCAAGCACAAUGUAUCCGCCUCCAAUCUGCAAGCCGCAUGGGCGGAUUUCGUCGCAAUUCUCGGCUCGGAGAAUGUAUCCACGGCAGCCGGCGAUCUGGAGUCGCAUUCCGGCUCAGAUUGGUCUUCUUACUCCGCCAAGGCUAAUGAGAAACCAUUCCUGAUUUUGUACCCGUCAACCACGGAGGAGGUCUCACAGAUCAUGAAAGUCUGUCACCAGCGGGUGAUCCCCGUGACGCCGUAUUCCGGCGGAACCAGCCUGGAAGGCCACUUUGCGUCCACGAGAGGUGGGGUGUGUAUUGAUUUCCGGCGCAUGGAUAAGAUCCUGCAGUUGCAUAAGCGGGAUUUGGAUGUGGUUGUGCAGCCCGCGCUUGGGUGGGAAGAGUUGAAUGAGGUCAUUGGAAAGGACGGACUGUUCUUCCCGCCUGAUCCUGGCCCCGGAGCGAUGAUUGGUGGUAUGGUUGGGACAGGGUGCUCGGGAACGAACGCGUACCGUUAUGGAACUAUGCGCGAGUGGGUGCUGUCGCUUACAGUGGUUCUUGCCGAUGGAACUGUUAUCAAGACUCGACAGCGACCUCGCAAGUCCAGCGCUGGCUACGAUCUCACUAAGCUGUUUAUUGGAAGCGAGGGCACCCUUGGUCUAGUUACAGAGGCAACUUUGAAAUUGACCGUCAAGCCGCAAAGCCAGAAUGUGGCUGUUGCGAGCUUCGGCACCAUCUCCAACGCUGCGGAAUGUGUGACGAACGUUGUCGAGGCUGGUAUUCCCGUUGCCGGUGUUGAGAUUUUGGAUGACAUCCAGAUGAAGUGUAUCAACGCUAGCAAGACCACCAGUCGUCAGUGGAAGGAGUCUCCUACUCUAUUCUUCAAGUUCACUGGUACACAGGCUGCGGUCAAGGAGCAAAUCAAUAUGGUGCAGAAGAUCGUCUCCGGCACUUCGGGCAAAUCCUUUGAGUUUGCCAAGGGUGAAGAGGAAAUGACUGAGCUCUGGAGCGCCCGCAAGGAGGCACUGUGGAGUGUCAUGGCUAUGAAGAGAACGCCCGAUGACCACGUCUGGACGACUGAUGUCGCGGUGCCGAUGAGCAAGCUGCCUGAUAUCAUGGAGGCUACCAAGGAAGACAUGACCAAGAAUGGAUUGUUGGCUGGUAUCUGUGGCCACGUCGGAGAUGGAAACUUCCACGCAAUCAUUUUGUUCAAUGAAAACGAGAAGAAGAAGGCCGAGGGCGUUGUGCACCGAAUGGUGAAACGUGCCGUCGAGAUGGAGGGCACUGUCACUGGUGAGCACGGUGUUGGUCUCGUCAAGCGAGACUACCUUGAGCACGAGUUGGGCGAAUCUACAGUUGACGCUAUGCGCCGGCUGAAAUUGGCCCUUGAUCCCCUGCGCCUGCUCAACUGCGACAAGGUUGUCCGCACCGAGCAGCCUGCGCCCGGAGAAGUCAAGGAAUGGUAG